CCCAUCGGAGGAGGCCUGGCAUCCAGCUGGAGGGGCUGGGGCAGGAGAGCUGGGAGAGGGAGGGGCACAUCGCAAGAGCUGGACUUGCAGUCUGAAGCAAUUAGGAGGGGAAGAAAUGAGGGGGUCCACAAGCAGGCUGGCCUGAAAGAUGGGGAGAAGGAGGAGAAGAGCAGGUUCACUCAGAGAGCUUAUUGGGGUGCUAGGCAGGGCUGAGACUCGGGUCCAUGGGCCAGGAGCCUUCUCUCCAUUCCACCAAUGGGCGGAAGCAGAGCCGGGAGUGGUCGACGCCGAAUCAUCCUGGGAGACCGAGGCCGUGGAGAGAGCAAUGGCGUAGGGGUAGCCCUGCUGGGGUUCAGACCAGACCCCAGCCAAAGACUGGAAACUAAACGGGGUGAGGCGGGGGUGCCGUGGGGCUGACUUGGGUGUGGCCACGGAGCAGGCCAGGCCGGGCAGCCACUCUGCGAAGUCAGCAGACCCACAGCCCCGAGAGGCUCCUUGCUGCCUUGUCACGUGGUCGCUGCCCACAUUUCUUGCUCUGUGACUCCCGUCCACUUCUGGUCCCCUUUCCGUGCACGCCGCAGGGCAGACCCUUGCAGGCCUGGCUGUUGGUGGUUAUUUGGGGUCCUCGGAUGGGGCGGCCACAGGCAGGGACAGAACAAAGACUCGCCCAGUCCAGUCUUCCGGACGCCAUGCUGCUUCUGAGCGCCAUGCCAGCUCCUGUCCUCAAAGGGUGGGUGCUGCUGCUGCCCCUGCUGCUGCUGCUGGGACCACAGACCCCCCCAGGUCUGGUCAUCUCACCUCCGGGGCCCGAGUUCAUCCUCAAUGUCUCCAGCACCUUGGUUCUGACCUGCUUGGGUCCAGAUCCAGUGGUGUGGAGACGAAUGUCCAAGAGGCCCCCACAAGAGAUGGCCAUGACCCCGGAUGGCAAUUUCUCCAGCGUCCUGAUGCUGACCAAUGUCACUGGGAUAGACACAGGGGAAUACCUGUGUACCUACAAUAACUCCCAUGAGCUGGAGCCCAACGAGCAAAAACGGCUCUACAUCUUUGUGCCAGAUCCUACCAUGGGCUUCCUCCCUGUCCCCUCCGAGGAAUUAUUCAUCUUCCUUACAAAAGAAACCGAGAUCACAAUUCCAUGCCGAGUGACGGACCCGCAGCUGGUGGUGACGCUGCAUGAGAAGAAGGUGGAUGAUCCGCUGCCUGUCCCCUAUGACCACCAACAUGGCUUCUCUGGGACUUUUGAGGACAAGACCUAUGUCUGCAGAACCACCAUCGGGGACAGGGAGGUGGACUCCGAGCCCUACUACGUCUACAGCCUCCAGGCGUCGUCCAUCAAUGUCUCAAUGAGUGCAGUGCAGACUGUGGUUCGCCAGGGCGAAAACAUCACCAUUACGUGUCUGGUGACCGGGAACGAGGUGGUCAACUUCGAGUGGAUGUACCCCCGCGAGGAGAGUGGGCGGCGAGUGGAGCCAGUGACUGACUUCGAUACCCCCUUCUACAUCCGCUCCACCCUGCACAUCCCCAGCGCUGAGCUGGGCGACUCGGGGACCUACAUCUGCAAUGUGUCAGAGAGUGUGUACGACCACCAGGACGAAAAAGCCAUCAAUGUCACGGUGGUUGAGAGUGGCUACGUGCACUUGCUGAGAGAGCUGGACGCUGUACAGUCUGCAGAACUGCACCGGAGCCGGACACUGAAGGUGGCGUUUGAGGCCUACCCACCGCCUACUGUCAAGUGGUUCAAGGACAACCGCACUCUGGGCGACUCCAGUGCCGGCGAGAUUGUCCUGUCCACGCGCAACGUGUCAGAGACUUGGUACGUGUCAGAACUGACCCUGGUUCGGGUGAAGGUGGCUGAGGCUGGUUUCUACACCAUGCUGGCCUCCAAUGAGGACGAUGAGCUCCAGGUCUCCUUCCAGCUGCAGAUCAACGUGCCUGCCCGAGUGCUGGAGCUGAGCGAGAGCCAUCCUGCCGAUGGGGCGCAGACAGUGCGCUGUCGCGGCCGGGGCAUGCCUCAGCCGCACCUCACCUGGUCUGCUUGCCGUGACCUCAAAAGAUGUCCGCGAGAGCUCCCUCCCACACCGCUGGGGAACAGUUCCGAGGAGGAGAGCCAUCUGGAGACAAACGUGACGUACUGGGCGGAGGAGCAGGAGUUCGAGGUGGUGAGCACACUGCGCCUGCGCCACGUGGAUCAAGCACUGUCAGUGCGCUGCACACUGCGCAACCUGCUGAGCCUUGACAUGCAGGAGGUCAUCCUGGUGCCACAGUCCCUGCCUUUCAAGGUGGUGGUGAUCUCAGCCAUCCUGGCCUUGGUGGUCCUCACGAUCAUCUCCCUCAUCAUCCUCAUCAUGCUCUGGCAGAAGAAGCCCCGCUAUGAGAUCCGAUGGAAGGUGAUCGAGUCUGUGAGCUCCGACGGCCAUGAGUACAUCUACGUGGACCCUAUGCAGCUGCCCUACGACUCCACCUGGGAGCUGCCACGGGACCAGCUUGUGCUCGGACGCACCCUUGGCUCCGGAGCCUUUGGACAAGUGGUGGAGGCCACAGCUCACGGCCUGAGCCAUUCUCAGGCCACAAUGAAAGUGGCCGUCAAGAUGCUGAAAUCCACAGCUCGAAGCAGUGAGAAGCAAGCCCUCAUGUCGGAGCUGAAGAUCAUGAGUCACCUUGGGCCUCACCUGAACGUGGUCAAUCUGCUGGGAGCCUGCACCAAAGGAGGGCCCAUCUACAUCAUCACGGAGUACUGUCGCUAUGGCGACCUGGUGGACUACCUGCACCGAAACAAGCACACCUUCCUGCAGCACUACUCUGACAAGCACCGCAGGCCCAGCGCCGAGCUCUACAGCAACGCCCUGCCCUUCGGGGUGGCCCUGCCCAGCCACAUGUCCCUGCCCGGGGAUAGUGACGGUGGCUACAUGGACAUGAACAAGGAUGAGUCGGUGGACUAUGUGCCCAUGUUGGACAUGAAAGGAGACAUCAAGUAUGCAGAUCUCGAGUCCUCCAACUACAUGGCUCCUUACGAUAACUACGUCCCCUCCGCUCCUGAAAGGACCUGUCGAGCAACUUUGAUCAACGAAUCCCCAGUGCUUAGCUACACGGAUCUUGUGGGCUUCAGCUACCAGGUGGCCAAUGGCAUGGAGUUCCUGGCCUCCAAGAAUUGUGUCCACCGAGACCUGGCAGCCAGAAAUGUGCUCAUCUGUGAGGGCAAGCUGGUCAAGAUCUGUGACUUUGGCCUGGCUCGUGACAUCAUGCGGGACUCUAACUACAUCUCCAAAGGCAGCACCUUCCUGCCGCUGAAGUGGAUGGCCCCGGAGAGCAUCUUCAACAGCCUCUACACCACCCUGAGCGACGUGUGGUCUUUCGGGAUCCUGCUCUGGGAGAUCUUCACCCUGGGUGGCACGCCCUACCCAGAGCUGCCCAUGAACGAGCAGUUUUACAAUGCUAUCAAGCGGGGUUACCGCAUGGCCCAGCCUGCCCACGCUUCGGACGAGAUCUACGAGAUCAUGCAGAAGUGCUGGGAAGAGAAGUUUGAGAUUCGCCCCCCCUUCUCCCAGCUGGUGCUGCUUCUCGAGAGGCUGCUGGGUGAGGGUUACAAAAAGAGGUACCAGCAGGUGGAUGAGGAGUUUCUGAGGAGCGACCACCCUGCUGUCCUCCGGUCCCAAGCCCGCUUGCCUGGCUUCCAUGGCCUCCGACCCCCUCUGGACACCAGCUCAGUCCUCUAUACUGCCGUGCAGCCCAAUGAGUGUGACAACGACUACAUCAUCCCCCUGCCCGACCCCAAGCCCGAGGGUGCCGACGAGGGCCCGCUGGAGGGCUCCCCCAGCCCGGACAGCUCCACCCUGAAUGAGGUCAACACCUCCUCAACCAUCUCCUGCGACAGCCCCCUGGAUCCCCAAGAGGAGCCAGAGCCGGGGCCCCCGCCUGAGUCCCCGGUGGAGCCAGAGGCAGAGCCACAGUGGCUGCCAGACCCAAGCUGCCCCGGGCCUCGGGCUGAGGUGGAGGACAGCUUCCUGUAGGGGGCCAGCCCGCACCCUGCCUGCCCAAAGUGUCCCCUCUACCUCCCAGCACCCCGAGUCUCCUGGCCCGUCCUCUGGAAGGCUUUGGCCCUGACAUGCCUCACCCCAACCCCUGGGGCUGGCUUAGGAGGCAAGAGACCUGCAGGGGCCGUGGCCAGCCUUCUGCCUCUGGGGAGGCCAUGUUACUCGGAGCCAGGGUUCUCCCAAAGGACUCAGUUGCCCCAUCUGUAAGAUGGGAAAUUUGGGCUUGGUGGCCCACAGUUUGGGAUUCUCCCCACAGCUGAUAGGUGGGGAGCUUGGAAUCCCUGGGGAGAUUCUCUAGGUAGACAAGGUAGUAAAUGAACUUUUUCCUGUUCAGCCAGCUACCCCUCAAGGAGCUGCAGCUCUCUCCUUGGACUUUCUCCACCCAAAAGCUGGGGAGGGACUCUGGUAUCCCUGGCUGCUGGCUGAGCUGGGACGUGGCCUUGGGCAGUGUUGCCGCCUCUCCUCGAUGUCAGCCUUCACUCUCCCAGGCCCGGGCUGGCCUGGGCCGUCUGCGUGUCACCGAUGCUAGGGGCUGAGCCCAGUCCAGGGCUCUCCCGCCUGCAGCCCCCACCCCGGGCAGGUGGGGGCGCCCCUCUCUGUAAACGGUGCCCGUGUCUCUGUCUUUCUGGCUCUGUGAGUCCUGGGGUCUUUUCCCUCAUCACUGCGAGUCUUAUUCCACCCACAAGUCUCCAGGGCCAGAGGCUCCACAUUUGUGAGGAGUGUGCGGAUGUGCGUGUGAAGCACCCACACGCGUGGGCCAGUUUGUGGGUCAUGUAUGCACUGGACCCACGGAGGCCUUGCAGGAAGACCUUGCCCUCUCUGGGCCCAUUUUCUCUGUUCAAAAAUGAGUGAGUUGAGCUCAUUGAAUUCCAGUGUCCUGCCAGCACUAGCAUUCUAGAAUAUUCCUGGGGGUGCAUACUGCCCAGAGUGUAAAGCCAAACACCCCAAAGUAAAGCUCACUUUGUUCUGGGGGUGAGCUGGGGCUGGGGAGAUUCCGGACCACACAGCACACUCCGGGCAUUUGGGAACCACUCUCCUUCCCCAGGCUCCCGGCAAGUCCCAAAAGGCCAGCUGCCCAGGCCUUGACACAAAGUGACAGCCAGUGUUCUAGAAAGCCCCAAGCAGCUGCCUCAGGGACACAGGAAGACCACGGAAGCACUUCCAGUAUCCACAGUGAUCUCGGGAGCCGUCCUGGGCCAAGGGGGCAGAGGGGCAAAUCAGACCGCCUGGUGCGCCUCCCACACCACCACCCGCCAUCCAGGUCUGUGCUAAAGACAGUGGACAAGUGAAAGCCCCUGCAGGGCCCUAGAAAUGACAAGAAGUCUUGGAUGGGGAACCUGAGAAAGGGGUGGAAGCGGUGGGUACUCUGAGCAUCACCUUCUCCCCUGCCCGCUGCCCCAUGGGGUACGGCUUCGUCUCUGCCCAGGGCCACUCAGCUCUCUCUGUCCACCAGCCCCCAGCCCAGCGGGCACUGAGGUGCUGAAGGACGGCUGUGGCCCAGACUGCUGGCAGGGCAGGGCUGGAGAGGGGGUGGGGGAUCAGCCCCUCCGGGCACCCACCCCCAUGCUGGGUGGCACUUCUCUGCCCCAGGACCUCCCAAGACUGGUUGGGGAGGGAACUGGGUUCUCACUACGGUACCAAAGAUGUAAUCACCUAGGUUUACAAGUAUUUUUAGGACUCACAUUAACUCACAUUUAUACAACAGAAGUGCUAUUUUAUAUGCCAUCAAAAUUUCCUAUCUGUGUACCUUUUUUAAGGGAAAGAUUUUAAUAUUAAACCCGGUGCUUCUCACA